CGAACUGCACUCAAUCAUGAGAUACUUCGAUGGGAAAUACGUCACGUGAUACCCUGAGCUAUUCCGUAGUACCUCCCCUCACCCACUCUCCUGGAAUGGCCUUCCCACAUAUCCCUCAGGAUCUGAAAGAGGGCACAAGGGUAGUCGUACAGACGAAGUAUGGACCUCUUAGAGGCGGUCGCACAACUAACGGUGCAGCAGUCUUCCUAGAGGUUCCAUACGCUCUGCCUCCUGUGCGUUUCACUGACCCCCAACCCCUCCCUGAGGAUUACUGGUACGAGGAAAAAGAUUACGUUCACGAGACAAGGCACUGCUACCAACCGGAUAAUGAUGGGCAAGGAGAAGGAGUUCCGGCUGCCGAUCGCAAAGGGUUCGGUGAACCGUCAGAGAAUCCUUUAUUCUUGAACAUUGUGUCCCCAUCUCGAUUCACUACGAAAUCCAAGUUUCCUGUCACAGUUUUCAUUCAUGGAGGCUUCCUUCAGUUCGGGUCACCACACGAACUUAGCAGUCAGGCCCAAUACGCUGCGGAGGAACGUGAACAAGUCUUCGUCAAUAUCGGUUACCGCUUGUCUGUGCUGGGAUUCCUGGCAUCUGACGAACCACGGGUCGACGGGAACUUUGGCUUUAAGGACCAAUGGCUCGCUUUACGCUGGAUCCGCGAGAACAUCACAGGGUUUGGAGGCGACUCGGAAAACAUUCGGCUUACGGGACUGUCUGCUGGCGCACAUUCGGUACAUCAAAUCUUGCACCACAUAUCGCGUUUGCCAGACGGCGAGAUGUCACCGAUUCACACUGCCGUCCUACAAUCGAAUGCCAUACUAACUGUCCCAAAAACUUUGGGUGAGUUGCGACCCCAGUUUGAGGCACUGUGCCGGGCGUUGCACCUCGAUCCAAAGGCCCCUCAUAUCCUCCAGACUUUACGCGACUCAGCUAAAGUUCCGGCGGAGGCUCUGAUGGGCAUAAUCGAGGACGGCAGCCUUGAUGUUGAGUACAGGACAUUCCGAGGCUGUCUCGACGGUGAGUGGAUGGCAAGCGAUCCAAAUCCGAUGUCGUGGCAAAAAUCUGGCAAUUUGGCUCGCAAGCUGAGAGAGAAAGGUGUCAAGAGCAUAGCAAUCGGUCAUCUCAGCGAAGAGUGGUACCUCUAUUCCAUUGCUCACCCAGUCAAUGGACCGGAGGAUGUUUUGCCAAACAUCCUACGUUACUAUCCGCGCCCGGUUGUCGAGAAGCUUAUGCCAAUGUACAGAAGUUUACCAACCUCAGCAAGCGCAGAGGAGGCGCGGAGGCUUAUGGGCGAUAUUCUGAGCGACGGGCAAGUACACUUACCUGUCCGGCUUUUCGCGAGAGACUUUCAGCGAGCCAGAUUCUCGGUGUUCAGAUAUCAAAUACAUUGGACCCCCGAGCAAGUCAGGCCGAACGGAUUGGUCACUCAUGGAACAGACCGCUGCCUGUGGGCGCUGCGAGUCCCGAUCAUGAGUUUACCACAGAAAAGGGUGGCGGUAGCAUGGCUAGACGCUAUCGACAAGGAGCUCAGCAUUCUAGAGCGCGAGGGGACACAAACAAGAGCGCUCAACCAGGCAUUGACGCUACGGGAGGACCAGACCAUUGGGUGGGUAGAAGACAAGGAUUGGGAUCAGCUUAUGGAAAUUGUGAAGGUGCUGCCCGGGGAAGAUAUGUGAGGGCAGAAUGGAAUGGAAGGUAUCAUAAGGCAUCCCGAAACACUAGCAGUUGUUAGAACAUUCGAACUACACCAGGGAGUUUUACACGCAGAGGUUGGGCAACGGCAGAGAACGAAGAAUCCACAAAGAACCUACAGAAGCUAUGGUUGCCCAAUAAACAUGAACUGUCACAUAUAUUGUCUUAGAUGUUGAAGCUAGAAUAUGACAGCGAAGCCGAAGAUAGACACUGCGAUGGAGAAAACUGCCCGCCAGAGCAGGCCCGAUGGAAUAUCUAUGUUUGCGCCAUUAGCAGUAGCCGCACCGGUAGUGCUGGGGGCCGGAGUGGAUGUCACGCCAGAGGUGUCAGUGGGAGAAACACCCGAAUCUGUUAUCGAAACUGGAGUAGAUGUAGCGCCAGUGGUGUCAGUGGGGGAAACUCCUGGAUUUUUC